CAGAAAACCUCCGGUCUUCUUCCUCACGACUCAGAAACUGACCUGGUUCUGAAACCGGCACCGGCGGAAAUGGACGAAGCCGAGAAGGUGGCGGCGUUGAAGAAGGCCUACGCGGAUAUAAUACUCAAUACGGCGAAGGAGGCGGCGGCGCGUGUGAUGGUUUCGGAGAAGAGAGCUGUUCGGCUGCAAAGGGAGAUCCUCUACACUAAAGAAGAGGCGCUUCGGAUGCUUCUCAGGCUCAAACACACUUAUGAUUCUAAGGUUGGUGAAGCAGAAAUGAAGUCCUUGAGUCAACAGGGAAAGAUUGAUGAGCUUGAAGCACAGCUCCAGGAAGCCGAGGACAUAGUGAGUGACCUCAGGGGAGAGUUGAGUGAAGUGCAGGAUCGACUGGAGAGGGCAAAAAAUAGACGAGCACUGGAUAGGCAAAAUGCAGAGGUUGACACCACAGUUCAAGAGAAUAUGUCACAAGAUGGGCAGUGUUUUUCAGAGAUGACAUCUCAACUUAAUCCUCAGGCAGAUGUGAUGGCAACUAAUGACAAGCAGUCCAAUGGAAAUGGGAUAUAUGAGGGCAGCAAGUGUUACAUUGAAUCUGAUUCUCCCGAGGAUAUUAACUGUGUUCAUGAUCCAGAUUUUUCCUCAAUAAUAAUGAGAAAUAAAGAGCCCGAGUUAUACAGAAAUGGAUUCACUCAGAGAAUCCGUGCUUUUGAAAAGUACCUGUUUGAUGAAAAGCUGUCUCUUUCUGGACUAGUUGUUGAUGCAAAACAUUUACCAUUCUUUGGAGGAAAUGGUGAAGACAAAGGGAUGUCUGUUACACCUACACCAAAGUUUGACAGUAUGCAUGAAGAAGAGAAGGAUCUAGUAGAAUUGAAAAUGAGGAAUGCAGAUGAGAGCCAUAUAAGAGAACAAGAGCAGCUAGAAAUGGAAGUACCUGCAAUUUUGUCCUUCUGCAGGAAGAGAAAAGGAACGUCCAGAAAUAGAUUCACAUUUCCUUCAUCCACUCAUCUUGACUAUGUUCCUCAUCAGUUCACAGAAUUGCGCCAAGUUUCUGGCAUAUCCUGCUCUACUUCUCCUAACUCUGUCAAUAACAGUGAUUCUACAGAUAAUUCUGCCAAAAACUCUGAAGAUGAAGUCACAGCUUCUGUUUCAAUCCCAAAGUCAACUUCAAAGACCAUUGAUUUGAGCUCACUUUCAGCAUUUGAUAUUGUUACUGAUAGUGUUGUACAAUUGACUAGACCCACUGUUCAGUUGGAGACCAACAUUGAUGAGUCAUUGACUGAAAAAACUGAGUUAACCAGACAUGAAGGGUUAUCUGCAAAAAGUGUGGAGAUUCUAGCUUGCAAUACUGAUCUUCAGAAAGGUGUAUCAGUUUUGGAAGCAUCUCAUUUAGAUGGCCUGGUUGCUAGUCAACCUGUAAGCAAUAAGGUUCUCAAAUUUACAUUCCACAGAAAGCGGAAGAAGGAGAGUUUAAGCAUGCCUGAAAGGAAUUCCCAGUACGGCAUUUUGGAGGGAAGUUCUAGGGAGACGAAAGCUGGUUCUCUGCAGCAGCAAGAGCCGUCGAGCUUGAUGCUUGCAUCGUGUCAGUACAGUGACGUCUAGCACUGGUUGUUCAUCAGCUGAUCUCUCUAUCUCAGAGAAGAAGCCGGAGAUCUGCAAUGAGUGAAGUUUUUGUAGUGGGAAGGACAUUGGGUUGACAUUGAUGUUCUCUGGAUACAAAGAUGAACCUGGUUCAGGGAGAGACAAACCAAAGAUAUAGUUAUUGUGACAUUAUUGAGGAACUGGAGUUUACUUAUAUGGGAAUAAUAUAGAAUAGAAAUUAGAAAUUGAAAUCACCAAUAUUGUGACAUUUUACUUGUCUGAUAUUUUGCAUGAUAUCAGCUUCAGUAACUGUUGGAUCUUGGUUAAGUCAAACUCAAGUUAAUCACCCUUGAGAUUGAUGGAACUACUGAGAUAAAAU